CUCCACAGAUCCUGCCAGACCUGCUGAGCUUUUCCAGCAAUUUCUGUUUUUGUAUCACCGAGAGUCAGUUUGAAUGUGGAAAGCUCGUGUCCUUCAUCUAAAACCGGGGUAUCUGUGGAGAGAAUCUCAAAAAGAUUAGAUCCAGAAGACCAUGCCACAAAGACUCACCAAAUUAAAAAUAAUUUAUCGAAGUUAAUUAUCAGAGUUGAAGCAGACAACAGUCUAAAACCUCAGUCUCAUAUCUGAGGCAGGCUGAAGAUAUGGGCUUGCUGACUGUAAGCAGGAACACAAUUUCAAUAUCAGAGAAUUAUGCUGACACAGCUGGGACGGACACGUAUAAAAACAAGCUGAAAGCAAUUGGAGUUCCUCUUCCUCAUUAAACCCCAGCCAACUCGGGUGGAGCGUGCUCCUCUGUCAGUGACCAGUAGCGGACGGAGUCUUGCUGAUCGCUGUGGCACGAUGGCUCCUACCCUGGCGACAGCUCACCAUCGGCGCUGGUGGAUGGCAUGUACAGCCGUGCUGGAAAACCUGCUGUUCUCUGCCGUGCUCCUGGGCUGGGGCUCGCUGCUCCUCAUGUUAAAGUCCGAGGGUUUCUACUCAUACCUCUGUGAGGAACCAGCAAACGUCACCAACAACAGCUCGACGGGAAACAACAGCAGUGACCUGGAACUCCCGCUGAGGAUGAACGGCUGGCUCAUCUGCAAGGACCAAGAUGAGAUGUUGAAUUUGGCGUUUACUGUCGGGUCCUUCCUGCUCAGUGCCAUCUCACUGCCCCUUGGUAUUGCCAUGGACAAGUAUGGACCACGGAAACUCCGUCUGAUUGGCAGCACCAGCUUUGCCUUGUCCUGUUUGUUGAUUGCCUACGGAGCCAGUAAUCCUGACGAUCUUUCCGUGCUGAUUUUCAUCGCACUGGCCCUGAAUGGAUUCGGGGGGAUGUGUAUGACCUUCACUUCUCUCACGUUGCCGAACAUGUUUGGGGAUCUGCGAUCGACUUUUAUCGCUCUCAUGAUUGGCUCAUACGCUUCAUCCGCUGUGACAUUCCCGGGAAUCAAGGUGAGGGAGGGAAUGGGGCUGAGAUGGAGGCAGCAACAGGAUCUGGGACAGGGAGACAGCAGCAAGCUCCAGGGUUGGGCAAUUGAGCAACUACCCAUCCCAGGGCCCUCCCUCUCUCUCCUCUCGGUGAAGAUUAAGUUCAGCUGGCUGGGUUUCGAUCACAAGAUCACAGGGAAGCAAUUCUAUAAGCAGGUGACCACAGUAGGCCGGAGGCUGAGUGUGGGCAACUCCAUGAAGCCUCAGGAGAAGCUGGCCACUCAGGACGGUAACAAGCUGUGUCUGUCCACCGUCGACCUGGAGGUCAAAUGUCAGACUCCAGACCAAGGGUCUGGGUCCUUCAUGCAGAGUAUCUUCAGCCCAGUCUAUAUCCUCAGCCUGGUCACUAUGUGUGUCACACAACUCCGGCUCAUCUUUUACAUGGGAGCCAUGAACAACAUCCUGGAGGAUCUGGUCGAGGGAGACCUUGUCACAGUUAUGGAAACGGUCAGUCUGUACUCGUCCAUCUUCGGGGUGCUGCAGCUGCUGUGUUUGAUGACAGCUCCUGUGAUUGGUUACAUUAUGGACUGGAAACUGAAGGACUGCGAUGAUGGGAUGUCAGACACAGAGGAGAAGGAGCUGGCUGCUGGGAGGAACUGUUGCCAUGUCUAUGAUGGUAAUUGUCUUGGUGAUGGGAUGUGUUUUGUUGAUGAUGUUGCUGAUGGUCUAUGUUCCUGUUCCCAGGUGAAUAUCGGUUUGUUGGGGGUCAGUAUGCUGGGUUUCUGUCUCCCGGCCUACCUGCUCUAUUACAGACAGCAACUCCGUAAACAAAAGCUGCAGAAGGCUGAGGAUGCCAAGCUCUUCAUGAAAAUCAACGGCAGCUCCAAGCAUGAGGCCUUUGUGUAGGCCGUGGUAAUCCUUCACCACAGUGAGACAGGACUCUCGAGGCCCAGGAUCACUCACCCUCUAUCGACAGGCUCCACUGUUUCCUGAUGGUGCUCAAAGGGGAAGCAGACACCUUAAUUUCAUCAAAUUAAUUGCUGUUAUUUAUGGGAAAGGGAAUAUGUAUAGAGCUGUCCUCUCAGAAACCUGCUGGCCGAGGUUACAGCUCUUUUAGUGAGUUUUGUUUUCUUUCUCUUGAUUGUCUUCAUUGGAGCAGGUGGUGCCCUGGAUUGUCCACUCAGAGCUCACCCAGACACUCCACCUCCUCACUCUCACUCUCCCCCACUCCCUCUCACCCCCCACACUCUCUCUCUCUCUCUCUCUCUCUCUCUCUGUCUCUCUCCCUUUCUCUCUCUAGCUCUCUUCCCCCUCUCCUCCACUUUCUCUCUGACUCUCUCUGUGCUAUCCAUGGAGCACAGAUAUCCAGUGUGUGAGUGACCCCUCAGUCCUGGCUGCAGAGCCCAGGACAUAUUAGCCCCUCCUCACCCCCAGGACAUCCAGCCCCAGGGGCUGCAGGAGGGGGCAAAGGGGGCAAAUUCAGAACUGUGGAGACGUAGCCUCAUGUUAGCGGGUAACAGAGACAGAACUACCUGGCAGCUCCUCCCUCUCAGGGCUAGGACAGGUAUCCCCAUCCCUCUGACCCAGCGCUUGGUUCACACGCAGCACAGCAAGAGCAUUGACAUUGGGGGGAGGGGGUGGGGGCAAGGUAAUGAGCAUGUUUUAAAGGGGAAGGGACCUGGACGAUUCUGGGAUUGGGUCUGAAGGUAUGAUAGGUGAGGACCCUGACCCUGAGCUGCCGCAGUGAAUGGGAAGCUGACUGACUGACUCCAGCCCACUCGGUAAGGGGGGAGGGUGAGGGGAAUGAUCAGACUGUGUUCCCUCAACCCUGUUACCAGAGGGAACAGGAAUACACCUGGCUCGCCACUGCUCUCUGCUGGUGCAUUAUGUAACUACAGCCAAUUGCGACUGGGAGCUGCAGAGAGUCACAGGGUGAGCUCAGCUCGGUCGAAUAUUGAGGGAAUCUGUUGGCCAGUGGGUUUCUGAGUUCAUGUCCCAGUCCCAUCCCCUCCGUCAGCUCCCGCCCUCCUCCCCUGAAGCUGCUGACUCUCUCCAGGAGGGUAGGGGGCAGUAACUGUCCUGGUUACUCCUAGCCAGCCUCCUGGUUGUUAGAGUAUUGUCAGGCUGCUCGACUGUGAGAGGAAUCACAGUCACAUUGGAUGCUGUGCUGGCCAGUGGGCAGUAAUGUUGAUUAACCCCACCCCACCGACCCCAACUUGUUGGGUAAGGUCUGAGUUGCAAUGGAAAUGUUUCUGAAAACAAACAGUGCUCCCGUGUCGGUAUUAGAAUAAGGCUCCCCCCCCCCAACCUGUGUUAAAGGCACUACCCUCUAACCCAGGGGCAAUGUUGCUGUAUUAACAUGAAAGUGUUCCGAUUUUCAAAGAUAGCUUUACCACAACCAUAAAGGACCAGGUUACAGUAUUGGAGAUUGCUUCCUGUCCAGUAUUCCAGGGA